UGUGUGGUGUGAUCUGAUUGGAUAGCUUGUGGACGUGCUGCUCGUGAGGCGUUUAAAUGUACCAAGUGCAACACUAAAACAGAGCUGGAUGGUUCUCACUUGAUGGGUAAAACCUGAAGAUGAAGCCAGUCAUUGUAGUGUUUUCGAUCCUUGGUCUUUGUCUCAGUGCUCCAGUGGAGCAAGACACAGGCAGUGAUAAUGAGCCAGUGAUAAAUGAGGAACAGCGGCUUGUUGGUUUUCCACUGGCUCAGACAGACUCCAUCACCAGGAAUAUCUUCAUCCCUGUUCCCAAACCUGAAAACUUCCUCCCAAACCCUUACUUUAACUACCAAUACCCAUACUACUCAUCCUACCCGUACUACCCCCAGUACCCAUACUACCCUGUCUACUCGCUGCCCCCCGUUAUUAUCAGCCUGCCUCAGAGAAAUCCCUGAUUCAUCAUAACUUCAACAGCCUGAAAGUUUUACAUUAUGCAUAUCUCAGACUGACUCUCGACAAUUAGUGUCCCGCUUUCCAUUAAGAAAUAAAAAAACACUUUGGUGUCUA